UUGCUUAGCAGGAAGUGUGUUUCCGGGUUGAGCCCGGGGAGGUGGGAGGAGGCGGUGUUUCCGGCCGCCGUCGCUGUCCAGGGAGGCUGAGGCGAGAGGGAGCUGUCCGGGUGGGGAGUCCGCACUACCUUCUUCCUCUAACUCCUCCUCCGGGUGAGGGGAGCGAAAGUUGGGGCCCCGACCGCAUGGACCCGAAGGAGGCGGAGGCCGCCGAGAGCCGGGGCCCCACUGUGUGGCCCUGAGCCCCGAUAAGAAAGUGUGUUUGGUCAAAGUCACAAAGCUAUUAGUAGCAGAGCUGGAACUGAAACUCAGAUCUUUUUUUCAGGGGACUGGUUCUGCCUUUCUGGAAGGCCAUGGAGAAGAGGCUGGGAGUCAAGCCAAGCGCUACUUCCUGGAUUUUAUCAGGAUUUUGUUGGCAGACGUCCGUGAAGUGGUUGAGAGGCCUCUACCUGUUUUAUACUUGCUUCUGCUUCAGUGCUCUGUGGUUGUCAACAGAUGCCAGUGAAAGCAGGUGCCAGCAGGCGAAGACACAAUUUGGAGUUGGCCUGAGAUCUGGGGGAGAAAUUCACCUCCAGCUUCUUGAAGGAACCCCCUCCCUCCAAUCGUGUUGGGCUGCCUGCUGCCAGGACUCUGCCUGCCAUGCCUUUUGGUGGUUAGAAGGGAUGUGCAUGCAGGCAGACUGCAGCAGGCCCCAGAGCUGCCGGGCUUUUAGGACAGACUCUUCCAAUUCCCUGCUGGUGUUUUUAAAAAAACCCCAAACUGAAGAUGAUUUGGGCUUUCCACAUGAAGAUGGUGUACCACAUAUUCUGGGGCUAGAUUGGAGCAGGGCAUCUUGGAGGAGACAGAACCCACACAGAGCUACACUCAGACCUGCUGUAUCUUCCAGUAACCAGCAAAGCUUAAUCAGGAAGCUUCUGAAGAGAAGUAGUCCCAGGGAAGAAGUAGUUACACCGUUAGUGACACAGCAUUCUGAAAUGAAUGACUCCAAGGAACUAGAUGAUAGGAAUACCAAUGGCUCUACAGAGGUCCACAAGGCAGUCACAAUUUCCAAUCCCUUAACCAUAGACCUGACUGCAGAGAUUGCUGGUUGGUCAAAGAAUGUAUCAGUCCAACCUGAGACAUCAGAGGAUCCCGGCACCACGCCUAGUACUCAGCAAGUAAAAAGCCCGGGGAAAAUCCACAUUGCUAGCCCUCUGCCUGUGGCUCCCUCCUACAGUUAUGCUACCCCCAGCCCCCAGGCCUCUUUCCAGAGCACCUCAGCACCAUACCCAGUUAUAAAGGAACUGGUGGUCUCUGCUGGAGACAGUGUCCAGAUAACCCUGCCUAAGAAUGAAGUUCAGUUAAAUGCAUAUGUUCUCCCAGAACCGCUUAAAGGAGAAACCUACACCUACGACUGGCAGCUGAUUACUCAUCCUAAAGACUACAGUGGAGAAAUGGAAGGGAAACAUUCCCAGAUCCUCAAACUAUCCAAGCUCACUCCAGGCCUGUAUGAAUUCAAAGUGAUUGUAGAUGGUCAAAAUGCCCAUGGGGAAGGCUAUGUGAAUGUGACAGUAAAACCAGAGCCCCGUAAGAAUCGGCCGCCUGUUGCCAUUGUGUCACCACAGUUCCAGGAGAUCUCUCUGCCAACCACUUCUACAGUCAUUGAUGGCAGCCAAAGCACUGAUGAUGAUAAAAUCGUGCAGUACCAUUGGGAAGAACUUAAGGGGCCUCUGAGAGAAGAGAAGAUUUCUGAAGAUACGGCCAUAUUAAAAUUAAGUAAGCUCGUCCCUGGGAACUACACUUUCAGUUUGACGGUCGUAGACUCUGAUGGAGCUACCAACUCCACCACUGCGAGCCUGACGGUGAACAAAGCUGUGGAUUACCCUCCUGUGGCCAACGCUGGACCCAACCAAGUGAUCACCCUGCCCCAGAACUCCAUCACCCUCUUUGGGAACCAGAGCACUGAUGAUCAUGGCAUCACCAGCUAUGAGUGGUCGCUCAGCCCAAGCAGCAAAGGGAAAGUGGUGGAGAUGCAGGGUGUUAGAACACCAACCCUGCAGCUCUCUGCCAUGCAAGAAGGAGACUACACCUACGAGCUCACAGUGACUGACACAAUAGGACAGCAGGCCACUGCUCAAGUGACUGUUAUUGUGCAGCCUGAAAACAACAAGCCUCCUCAGGCAGAUGCAGGCCCAGACAAGGAGCUGACCCUCCCCGUGGACAGCACAACCCUGGAUGGCAGCCGAAGCUCAGAUGAUCAGAAGAUUGUCUCGUAUCUCUGGGAAAAAACACAGGGACCUGACGGGGUACAGCUUGAGAAUGCUAACAGCAGUGUCGCCACUGUGACGGGGCUGCAGGUGGGAACCUAUGUGUUCACCUUGACUGUCAAAGAUGAGAGGAACCUGCAAAGCCAGAGCUCUGUGAAUGUCAUUGUCAAAGAAGAGAUGAACAAACCACCUACCGCCAAGAUAACCGGGAAUGUGGUGAUUACUCUGCCCACGGACACGGCAGAGCUGGAUGGCUCCAAGUCCUCGGAUGACAAGGGAAUAGUCAGCUACCUCUGGACUCGAGAUGAGGGGAGCCCAGCUGCAGGGGAGGUGUUAAAUCACUCUGACCACCACCCUAUCCUCUUUCUUUCCAACCUGGUCGAGGGAACUUACACAUUUCACCUGAAAGUGACUGAUGCGAAGGGUGAGAGUGACACAGACCGGACCACUGUGGAGGUGAAACCUGAUCCCAGGAAAAACAACCUGGUGGAGAUCAUCUUGGAUGUCAACGUCAGUCAGCUAACUGAGAGGCUGAAGGGGAUGUUCAUCCGCCAGAUUGGGGUCCUCCUGGGGGUGCUGGAUUCCGACAUCAUUGUGCAAAAGAUUCAGCCGUACACGGAGCAGAGCACCAAGAUGGUGUUUUUUGUUCAAAAUGAGCCUCCCCACCAGAUCUUCAAAGGCCGUGAGGUGGCAGCGAUGCUCAAGAGUAAGCUGCGGAAGCAAAAGACAGACUUUCUGAUAUUCGGAGCCCUGGAAAUCAGUACCGUCACAUGCCAGUUGAACUGUUCUGACCAUGGCCACUGUGACUCAUUCACCAAACGCUGUAUCUGUGACCCUUUUUGGAUGGAGAAUUUCAUAAAGGUGCAGCUGAGGGAUGGAGACAGCAACUGUGAGUGGAGUGUGUUAUAUGUCAUCAUUGCCUCCUUUGUCAUUGUUGUUGCCUUGGGACUCCUGUCCUGGACUGUGAUCUGUUGUUGCAAGAGGCAAAAAGGAAAACCCAAGAGGAAAAGCAAGUACAAGAUCCUGGAUGCCACAGAUCAGGAAAGUCUGGAGCUGAAGCCAACCUCCCGAGCAGGCGGUAAACAGAAAGGCCCGAUGCUGAGCAGCAGCCUGAUGCACUCCGAGUCGGAGCUGGACAGCGACGACGCCAUCUUCACGUGGCCAGACCGAGAGAAGGGCAAACUCCUGCAUGGCCAGAACGGCUCCGUGCCCAACGGGCAGACCUCACUGAAGGCCAGGAGCCCACGGGAGGAGAUCUUGUAGCCACCUGGUCUGGCUGUCUCAGGGUAGGGGUUGGCAGUGCCGGGGUCCAGAGCAUUGCCAGGCUGGUUCUCAUACCUCCCAUGUCUGUGGGCAGCUGUUCUCCCAGCAUCUGCUGGUCACUCCACCCUACCACCCCCAACCAGAGCAGAGCUGCUGGUACUUGAAUCUAGAGACAUUCUCCGGGAACCCCUGAACGAAGCUGUGAACAAAGAGGUUUCCUCUUUAAACCUGUUUGAUAGGCCCCCCAAAACAGCCUCACCUCAGGGCCUCCUUUUUGCAAACCCCUCCCUGGCUCCGACGGUGGACACAGCCAGCUCCUGGCCUCCUUCCCAGCUCCCUGUUGGCUGUGUUGCUGCUCCCAGGGCACCUGCACAGCGAGGCCCAGCUGGGCCCCCCACACCUGGGUACAGAACCAAGCACUGCCAGCCUCCUGCUCCCAGAGCACGUUCUGUUCUCUUCUUUGGGAUGGGGUGUGCCCUCUCGCUAGGUCCAGAGGAAGGGGCGCUCCCUCUCCUCACCAGUGAUGCCAGGCUGGUAGGGCAGAAAUGGUGUCUGGCCCAAGACUGGGGGAGGACUGGCUGUUUCAGGAGUGGAGAGGGGCCCUUCUGGCUGCUGGACUGUUGUGUUAGAGCAGCUGGGCUGGACGGACUGCCUCCCCUCCACCUCCUGACCAGCCCUGGCUACUUCAGGGCUCAGGCCACUGCUCCCUGUGCCCCGAGGAGACAGCUGCAAACAGACUGGAAUAUUGUGGCCCGAGAGCGCAUGUGUGCAACUGCCCCCCUAUGGUCUCUUCUAUGUCCGUCUGUCCGUGUGUCUUCUCUCUGUGCCCCUUGCAUGUGUGUGUGUGUUAGAGUGCGUGUGUGUGCAUCAGCUCCUCACAGGGCUCUCAGCUACUCACAAGGCAACCUUCACCUGGAAAGACUUUCAGCUCCUUGGAACAGAGACUUCCUGAAUCCCUCUGGCCCCGUCACUGGUCCCUCAGCCGUGGUAUCUGGGUGUUGAGGAAUGGGAGCUUUGGGGGAGUGACUUUUUAAAAAGAAACACAGUUUAUACUGCUGCACUACUGUCUGUUGUGAGGUGAUUAAACAUGCUAUUUAAUUGUA